AUGAUCAGUCCAGCAAUACGAACAUUACAAACUGUUGUCAUGGAUUUAAUAUUUCUUGUUUUACAACGGCAACAUUCUCAGGAUAUUGUUACAAUAGAACAACAAUAUGACAAAUUCAAAUUAUCUAAAUUUCCUGAAAAAUUUCGUGAUCUAUUAACAGUUAUCAAUAUUAUCAAUGCUUUGAUUGAUAAAAAUAAACAGCAACAAUAUUUCAAGCAACUUUUGGAACAAUCAUAUAAUAUUUUGGGUCAAAAUCUCAAAAUUACUGAAGAUGACGUUCAAACUUCAUAUACACUUUUCGAUGCAGUUGCUGAUCUACAACUGAUUAGUUUGAUGAAUGAACAUCUAUCAAUGGAUGAUUCUUUUAAUGUAUUCAUCUUAGCUUUACCGAACGAAUCAACGUCUGAUCCAGUAUUCUAUAAAAAUUAUCCAUCGCUAUUAAGUAUUCAACGUAAAUAUAUACAGAUUCGUGCUACAAUUUUUUAUCAAUUCAACAUAGUUGUCGAAAGAACGAUAUCGACGCUUGAUUUAAGUUUAUUGCCAGGUCAAAGUAUUCUAGUAGAUUAUAUCAGAAUGGUUAAACAUUAUUUAUUACAAAAGAGAAAAUUUGCAUGGCUCGAAGAGUCAUUAUCAAAAACUGAGCAUGAGUCUAUUUCUGAACUACCUGAAGUCAAAUUUGAUACAAUUAAAGCUACUAGUGAUGAUAAUGAAGGAAAGAAUACGAUAUUCAAUCAAGCAUUUGAACAGUUACAUGAAAAUGCUCAUGUCAUAUUUCGAUUAAGCAAUGAACGUUUGUGGCUGGCAACAUAUCUUGAAAUGCAUAGUAUUGAUCAAGGUGGGCCUUAUCGUGAUUCGAUAACAGCUAUAUGUUCGGAUAUAUGUAGUACACGUUUACCAUUGUUUAUUUUUUGUCCAAAUGGACAAGCGAAUACGGGAUUGAAUCGUGAUUGUCGGAUUCCAAACAUUUUCCCGCCAAAUAAACCAAUUUCAAAUAAAUUCAAAAAACAAUAUAAAUUCAUUGGACAAUUGAUGGGCAUGGCUAUUCGUAAGAAACAUUAUUUGAAUUUAAAAUUUCCAAUUUUACUAUGGAAACAGUUAGUAGGUGAAGAUAUAACUAUGAAAGAUAUUGAAGCAAUUGAUAUACAAAGUUUUGCAAUUAUUAAAGAAAUGGAAAUUAAUAUUGAACAGAAUCAAUCGAUCGAUAUCGACAGCGACAUUAAUUAUUUAUGUACUAGUAUUAUGAGUGAACUUCGAUUUGAUGUUAUCAGUUCAUCUGGACAAACCUAUGAACUUAUUCCUGGUGCUACUAAAUUAACAAAAUCUACACCACCUAUAAGUAGACCAAAUGGAGGAGUAAUUAUAUCAUCAACAAGUGAUUUAACGACAUUUGAAAAAGCUGUACCAAUAAUAAUACCAAUCGCUAAAUCGAACAUAUUGCCUCGUAAGGCAAAUCUAUUCAAAAUGAGUAAAUUAUAG